AUGGAGUCAGCAGCUCGGGACAGUGAGAGCCCACAGGCACUGCGGGGGAGUGUUAAUAGCGGUGGACACCAGAAGAGUGGCGGGGAGCCAGAACCUCGUGGUAACCGCAAGAAAAAUACAAUCGCCCUCGCAGUCGCCCUCACAGUUGUGUCCUUGGGUCUCAUCAGCGCUGUUAUUGUCCAGGCAGUGCUGAGACCUAAGCUUCUGUCAGAUGAUCCGGGCCCCCCUGCUGGCCCUGCAUGCCCGGAGGGCUGGAUCGGGUACCGAGGGAAAUGCUACUAUUUCUCCGAGACUGAAGGGAACUGGACCUACAGCCAGAGCAACUGCUCUUCCCUCAGCGCCUCCCUGGCUGGGAUCGACAGUGAGCAGGAAAAGGCGUUCCUGCUGCGCCAUAAGGGUGUCCAUGACCACUGGAUCGGCCUCCGGAAGGAGCAGGGGCAGCCCUGGAAAUGGGCCAACGGCACCGAAUUCAACCACCUGUUUGUGAUAAGAGGAGGAGGUGACUGCGCAUAUCUGAAUGACGGGAAUGAGGUCAGCAGCUCACAGUGCUACAUGGAAAAACUGUGGAUCUGUAGCAAACCUGAAGUGUAUGUGAUGGGAAAAGGGACUGCUCUGGAAGGGAGCUCAAAAUAA